CACAACUUCACCCUCUCAACGAACAAGCAACCAUGUUGCCACUAUCACUUCUCAAUGCUGCGCAGAAUAAACCUAUGCUUGUCGAACUCAAGAACGGGGAGAAUUUUAACGGUCAUCUUGUCAACUGUGACAACUUCAUGAAUAUCACACUCCGAGAAGUGUACCAGACAAGUGCAGAUGGCGAGCGGUUUUGGAAGGUCAAGGAGUGUUACAUUCGUGGCUCAACAAUUAAAUACAUCCGUGUCCCAGAGACACUCCUUGACGUCGUGAAAGAGGAACAGCUCCGCGCACGAGAAGCAGGCAAGUCUCAACGAGGAGGCCUCAACGACCGCGGUCGUGGACGUGGCGGUCUCCCACAACGAGGGGGCCGUGGUGCACCACGAGGCGGGCCAAUUCGUGGACGUGGACGAGGACGGGGGAUGUAAGUAUCGCGGCCAACAUAUCUUUCGCUUGUUUUUGCAACCCUCUAAGGCUCCCGUGGGACUUGGUUUGCAUCUCUUGACCGCGAACGGUGCACGGAGGCUAUAGCUGUGGGACAAGUGGCGUUGCAGUGGGUGGAAGAGUUCGGUUCCGCACAUCUGAUGUGGGAGUGGAAGGUUUCGUAUGUUUUAACACUGCAGUCAGUGUUUUUGUGAGUGUGUCGAGUUCUGUUGUAUCCUAUAUCGUUUUCUGCUUAGGACUUCGUACGCCUCUUUCGGUCCUGUAUUUUACCACUUCCCCAUUAGAGGCUUACUGGAUAGCUCGACCUCCCAUAAUCUUCUUUUCAGUUAGGCCCGGUCCUUUUGAACCUCGUCCAGACAAAGUAUGGCUUCGCUAGAGAUGUGGAGCUAAAAGUUAUCUGAUAGCGAUCAUCGCACCUGGUGCACAUCUUAUCGCACGCCGG